ACUACCCCCCAUAGCUUUUUUCAUUAGCAAUAGUGCAAAAUCAAAUAUAUAUUUUUCUUUGUUCAAAAGAGAAAGUGCUUCCCAUCUUUUCCACCUUGUUUGGAUUUGGAAUUGGAUUUGGAUUUGAAUCAUACAUAAACAAAUUUCUAUUGAGUGUGGAAUAUUCACAAAGAAUAAUUUCUCAUGGACUAUGAUGAAUAUGUGUAUGGUGAAAUUUUUGAAAUUUAUAUAGUCAACAACUAUAGUGGAAGUGUUCUUCUAGAUUAAGCUACUUUGUUGCAGAAUUCAUAGUUUUUGUGCCUAUUUUGUAAAAUUACUUUCUUGGAGAAUGGAAACUGUGAGCACUUCUGGUCAUCAUUGAUUUCGGCAGCACGGCUCAACAAAUUUACUUUGUUAUAAUUUUUUGUUGGAAGAACCAAGUUAUGGUUAUUUUGUUGCUCAUAAGUACAAUAGGGCCUAUGAUAAAGAAAAGAGUUGGUUUAAGAAUUAAACAAGCUGGUAGAGGUUCAUACAGAGGUAGCUAGGUGUUUUGUGUGUUUGAGAAUUGUUGUUGGUUGUUGUGUUUUGUGUUUCUUGUUUAUUUUACCGAAAAGUCGUGCAAAAGUAGAAGAUGGAAGCUACUUCAAUUACACAAUUGUUGAAGGGCUUUUGUGAUACUAUGCAAUGGCACUAUGCUGUCUUUUGGAAGCUUAAUCACCUUUCUCCGAUGACUUUGACCUGGGAAAAUGCUUACCAGAAAAGUAAUCAGCCUUUGGGGAGUAUGUGGGGGGACAUCAGUUUCGAAUCCCCAGAUGAUGUAUAUUCUUCGAGAGAAGGAACUGAUGAUUCAGGAGAUUAUUCAGUUCGACUUCACAUGAUCGAAAUGUCUCGUCGCAAAUACAGUUUGGGAGAAGGGGCUGUUGGCAAAUUAGCUCUUGCCAAGGACCAUUUUUGGGUUUCCUGUGAGGAUAUUUUCACUGGUAAAUUCGACACUAGUUUAAUUCCUGAGUGUCCUGAUGAGUGGCUUCUUCAAUUUGCAUCUGGCAUCAAGACUAUUGUGCUGGUACCUGUUCUUCCACAAGGAGUUUUGCAAUUUGCUUCGUUUAACUCGGUUGCUGAAGACCUGGAAUUUAUUACCAAUAUCAAGGAGAAAUUUAAUUUCAUUCAUCGUCUGGAAGCUAAUUGUACACCAUUGAACUUGGGAACUGAUUCUCAAGAUUGGUCAUUCUCAACUCUAUCGCAUUAUUUGAUGGAUAGCUUCGACGAAUCUUCUUCAGCUAGUACUUCCUUCAAUAUAAAUGCAUCAACAAGAUUUCCUCAGAAUGACUAUGGAUUGUCUAGAGAAAUUCAGCUAAAAUCCCUCAAAAGAGCAAAUGAAAAUGAGAUGGUUUCCUCAUCAUUUGAGACAAAACAUAUUGGUUAUGUGGAGACAAAAUCAAAUCACUUGGUAGAAGAGAUAUGGCCAUGGUCUCACUUUGUCGACAAUGACGGAAAGUUUGGAGACACGUCGAAUGGAUUAAGUUCUUACUCUGAUAGUAUUAUGACCGAGCAACUAUUUGGAAGCACUGAAACUAAUCAUGUUGAUGUUAAGAAUUUCAAUUUCAACGACUUUUCCAUUGUUCCGUCAAUGUCUGAAUUGGACAAAGCGAUUGGAUCCGUUGCAUAUAGACAGACAGGCAAAUGUAUACCGAAAUAUAUCUCAGAGGAGGAUACUUACAGCAGUUCAACUUUAAUGUCCAAUAAAAAGAAUCUUAACCGUAUUAAAAGCUUCGAGAUUCCAGAAGGAAUUCAUCCAGAAUAUCUCUUGGAUGCUGUUGUCGGCAAUUUAUACAGUGCCUCCGAUGAAACUUCAUGUAGAUCCAAUAGUGUUAGGUCUCAUAUAACAAUGCCAUCAGAGUUUACUGGAUCCAUUCAGCCACAAAUCAAUUCUGAAGAAAGCACCGCAUUUAUGAAAAAUUCAAAUGUUGGAAGUGAUCUUAUGCCUGAGCUUACGGCCAUGGGGAACGAGAAAUUUUCAAACCAGUUUCUAUCAUCGUUCGAUGGUAAUUCAGGCUUGUUGAUUUGUGAGGCGCCACAGGAAAAGGUUAAUAAUAUGAAGCCUAUUAGUGGACCAAAGCUUUCUAGCACGAACAAAAAAAGAGCAAAAGUAGGCAAUAACAAAAAUUCAAGGCCAAGAGAUAGACAAUUGAUCAUGGAUAGGAUGAAGGAGUUGAGGGAACUUAUCCCAGAUGGUGGAAGGUGUAGCAUUGAUAACCUCUUGGAACGAACCGUAAAGCACAUGAUGUACUUAAGAAUGGUAACAAGUCAGGCUGAGAAACUGAAACGAUUCGCAGAUCGUGAGGUACCUGAAAGGAAAAGGCAGAAAAUAAAUGGCAGCCAUCCAGGAAGAAGCUGUGCAUUUGACUUGGAAAGUGAACUAUCAUGGCCUAUAGUCAUAGAAGAUCUGGAAUCCGCAGGGAACAUGCUCAUAGAGAUGGUAUGCAAUGAGCAUGGACUUUUCUUGGAGAUUGCUCAAGUGAUCCGAAGGCUGGACAUUACCAUCUUGAAAGGGAUUUUGGAAAACCGUUCGAGUACCAGCUGGGCUUGUUUUAUCGUUGAGGUUCCUAGAGGUUUUCACAGGAUGGAUAUUUUAUGUCCUUUACUGCAUCUCUUGCAGCUUAGGAGAAAUCCUGUCUCAUAGAAAGCUGACCCUUCAACCUUAUAUGAAGGAAAUGUAGUUUGUCUACAGUUUUAAAUGACAAGCUUUGUUUUUAUAUUGUAGAAGUUAAAAUAAUUGUGUGACUUAUGACUAAUGGUACAAAUAAUUGGGUUGAUACCUAUGAAGCACGAGUACAGACACAUACAACGGACUCAACAAGACACGCUGACACCAAUAAUAAUUUGAGAAAACCAUAUAAUUCAGUGUAAUCAUAUGUGUCGGUGUUGUGUUGGUGUCGAACAUGAUUGAGGCACGCCUAAUCCGAGGAGUGUCUGUGCUUCAUAGGUUGAUACUCUAUUUAGUGUUGUUGUAGCAUUUGUUUUUGAUGAUUGCCUGAAUAUGUAAACAAGAAUGCUACAGGAGUGUUAGUAACUGUGGAACCAAGACUGACUAGCUAUGUAGACAUAUCUAGUGUAAUAUAAUGAAUUGCUUUUUGAAAGAAAGUGUGGUGAAUGCUAUUUAAAGAAA